CAAAGCAUUGAUUGAGCUCAUGCAGGUGCGUGAAGCGGCCUAAUUGUUGAGGCUCCUCAGAGGACUGAUACUUGUGAGCAGAGCAAUGACACUGACGAUGUAUCUCUCUCCAUCAGAUUGAUGCUCGUACUCUCACGCUACAAUCAGAGCGACCGUUUUAGAUUUAUUGCUCUCUGUGUGGGUGUACUCAAAUUUCCGUCUCUAUCAACAGCGUAUUGCCCGUUACAAGAGACUAACAGUUCCGUUGUAGAGCAGAUAGAUCUUCGCAGCCGCAAUCGUCUCCACACAGUAGUUGCAUGGUGGUCUCCUACCGUCGAUGUGAUAUUGCAUCUUCCGAUCUUGCAAGCCAGAUAGUGCCUGCCGCAUUUCAUUCGUCUUGUCCUCCGGUGUUAGGGCAGGGUCCCAAUUUGCACCGUAUAAGCAUUGACAUCGUAUG